AUGGGCGGCGACACGGAGGAUGGAAAGCAGCUAUACACAGCGAUAAACAUGUUCAACCUCACGCCUCCAACAGCGGAAAGCGUAAGCCCUUCAUCGUCGGCGGGGCCGAGUAAUCCGUUGGCCGACAUUGCGCCAAUUAUGGACGAGGUCUUGGAUUUGAAAAAUUUAUUGCGCCGCAGUGCCAAGCGACAUAUCAAGCCCGAACCCGAGGAUUGUCCCAGUAUGAUGGCGUCAACGGGCGACGAACAACUUUUGGAACCCAGUGUAAAAUCGAUGAAACCCGACUAUCCUGGGGAAGCCUUCAAUGGGACGAAGACUGAUACAAACGAGGCCGGUGUGGAUGGAGAAUGCCUCUCAAAUGAAGGUUACAUCAGUAGGCUGCCUACUGAAGUCAUAUCAAAGGUAUAGAAAUAAAUGCUUUUUCUUUGUAAUGAUAGUCUUAACUUAAGAGUUUUAUUUUAUAAUACUUUUUCCCUGUUUAGGUGUUUUCGUACCUACACGUAGACGACCUGGCCCGGUGUUCCGCAGUUUGUCGUCGGUUCUUCUGCCUCGCCAAUGAUACGGAAUUGUGGCGACGGAAAUACGAAGAAAUCUUUGAAUAUCGUCUCCCCCUUUUCCACACGGGCCAUGGUAAAUUCGAAUUUCGUGAGGUUAAAGCUUGCCGCCGACCAAAUCCGUGGCGCGACAGCUAUCUUCAACUAAGACAAGGCGUCCACGUGCGGCAAGAUAUGGCAAACGGCGUUGGCCAUUGUAAAAUUGCCCAUUUUGACACAAUCGAAGGCGCUCUUAGUUAUGUCGAGGCUCGUCCUGACCACGAAAAACUAAUCUUUCUGCAUACCGGAACAUAUCAAGUUGAUUCGACAGUCAAUAUUCCCAAUGGUGUUCAAAUUAUUGGAGCUAGUAAGUUGUAAUUUUAAUACCUAACGUUCUCAAGACGCAAUUUAAAGGAAUCUUUUUCAGGCGCUGAACAAAAAAUCGCUCAAAGCGUCGUCAUAGAUAGCGUGGUAGACACUACGGUCGCUUUCACAGGCGGGUCACUCAACUGUUACCUCGGCUAUAUCAAAGUAACCUUCAACCCAGUGGAAUUGUGUCCAGCCACACAUGCCAAUCAUUACGCUCUCUUGGUUACCGAUGAUUCGAGCCCUCUAAUCGAAAAAUGUAUUAUACAUUCAACCUCCAGUCUAGGAGCCGCUCUUUGCGUCAGCAAAGCUAAAGCCAACCCCAGAAUUCGACAGUGCGAAGUUUUAGACUGCCAAAAUGUCGGUAUUUACAUUAACGACCAUGCAAUGGGGCUAUUUGAGGAAUGCGAUAUUGCGCGGAAUCGGCUGGCAGGAGUCUGGGUAAAAUAUCACGCUCAGCCAACUUUUCGCCGUUGUGAGAUUCACCACGGUUUGGACGUCGGAAUAUUCACAUUUGAACAUGGAAACGGCUACUUUGAAAAGUGCAAUAUCUACGAAAACACGAUAAGCGGAAUCGAAGUAAAAAUGCACGCAAAUCCAACGGUUGUGAGAUGUGACAUUCACCAUGGCCGUACCGGAGGAAUAUACGUCCAUGAAAGGGGGCGAGGUCAAUUUAUGGAAAACCGAAUAUAUUCCAACCGAUUCGCGGGCGUCUGGAUUACAUCACACUCAGACCCGACCAUAAGAAAGAACGAAAUAUUCCACGGCAGUCAAGGUGGGGUUUAUAUCUUCAGUGAGGGAAGAGGACUGAUAGAACAAAACAACAUCUUCGGGAACGCAUUGGCCGGAAUUCAAAUACGCACUAACUCCGAUCCGAUUGUAAGGUUAAACAAGAUUCACGAUGGAAUGCACGGUGGGAUUUAUGUUCACGAGAAAGGAAAAGGUCUUGUUGAAGAAAACGAAGUCUAUGGGAACUCCUUGGCUGGAAUUUGGGUAACCACCGGAUCGACGCCCAUUAUGCGGCGUAAUCGUAUUCACAGUGGCCGACAAGUUGGUGUGUAUUUUUACGACAACGGGCAUGGCCUGCUGGAAGAAAACGACAUUUUCAACCAUCUGUAUUCGGGAGUACAAAUCCGUACCGGCUCCAAUCCCAAGAUCACGCGGAACAAAAUAUGGGGUGGCGCAAAUGGAGGAGUACUUGUUUACAAUAACGGCGCGGGAGUUUUGGAAGACAAUGAAAUAUUUGACAAUGCUAUGGCCGGCGUUUGGAUCAAGACUGAGUCAAAUCCCAUCCUACGACGAAACAAGAUCUACGACGGACGAGACGGAGGUGUAUGCAUUUUCAACAAGGGAAAAGGUCUGCUGGAAGACAACGAGAUAUAUAGGAAUGCCCAAGCGGGGGUACUGAUCUCAACGGAAAGCAAUCCCACUAUGAGGAGGAACAAGGUUUACGACGGACGAGCAGCCGGAAUUGAGGUCACAAGUGGGGCUACGGCAACCCUGGAGUCGAAUUAUGUCUACAACAAUAAAUUCGGAGGAAUUUGCACGGCCAGCGAUGUAAAGCCAAUCCUUCGAGACAACCGAGUGUACGAAAAUGCAAAUUCCGUUGAGAAGGCCGUAAAUUCAGGCUACUGUCUGUUCAAGAUCAGCUCUUGCACGUCGUUUCCCAUGCACGACUUUUUUAGGUGGGUUUAAUAUUGGUGCUACCGUUUUCCUAUUAACCAUAUAUUUAACACCAUGAGUUCAGAUGCAUCACAUGCAACACAACGGACAGAAAUGCCAUAUGUGUUAACUGCAUAAAGCAUUGUCAUGCUGGGCAUCAAGUGGAAUUUGUGAGACAUGACCGGUAAGUCUGGCGUUAAUAAGUUCGCUAAGCUCUAAACAUCACAUUUCCCUUAGUAUGAUGCUGAAAAAGAAUUUUUUCUGCUCAUUAGCAAAACAAUCCUCAAAGAAUUUAAUUAAUUUGAAUUUCAGAUUCUUCUGCGAUUGCGGCGCUGGAACCCUCGAACAGCCGGCUUGUUGCUUGCAAAGCGAAGUUCGCGACAGUGACGCCGUCUACGAUUCGGCUGGUCCCACUGACAGCGACACUGGCGCUCGAUAA